AUGGCCAGAAGGGCUAAGUUGCCACCAGGCCCUGUACCAAUUCUGUUCCUCGGAAAUCUGCCUCAACUAGCCCUUUAUGUCUGGCAAGAAGGAUCUCUAGCUAAAGCUCUUAGAGUUUGUCAAAAGGAGUUUGGUGAUAUAUUCACUCUUUGGAUGGGUCCUCUGCCUACAGUACAUAUUGCCUCUUUGGAAUUGUCUCAUGAGUUAAUGGUCAAACAAGGAAACAACUUUGCUGAACGAUGGUCUCCAUUCCUCUUUCAGUUCAUUAGAAACGGAGCAGGAAUACUUUUCUCCAAUGGAGACUACUGGCAGGAUCAACGACGAUUCACUUUACAGACCUUGAGAAACUUUGGAGUUGGCAGAAAUCUCAUUGAAGAAAGAAUCAUGAUGGAAUUCGAUUUGAGGAUGGCUGAGUUGGAUGCAAAAAUCAAGAAAAACAAAAAUCAUGUUGAAAAUGCGAAAACACUUAUGAACCUGAUGGUUGGAAGUAUUAUCAAUCGCUUACUGUUUUCUGUUCGCUUCACGGAGAGUAACCAGGAUGAAUUCUUCCGUCUGAAAGAUGAAAUAGACAACGCAAGUAAAAGAAUCAACAUAACCGAUCUGUAUAUGGCACCAUGGAUGAUGAACAUUCCAGUCAUCAAGUCCAGCUAUGAAAAGUUCAUGCAACCAAUUGUAAACUUGCUGGAGUUUGUGCAAAAGCAAGUUAAUGAGAGGAAAGAAGCCGUACGUUCAGGAGAACAUAUAAUCGUCGAUGAAGGAACUGAUUAUGUCGACGCUUAUAUGAAGAAAAUAGAAAACGAAAAAGAUAACCCUAGCUCCGGCUUUACGGAACGCUCUCUUUUGAUAAACUUGUUAGAUAUAUGGAUUGCUGGACAAGAGACAACCACAACGACUCUAAUGUGGGGCUUGAUCUUCCUACUCAAUCAUCCCGAGGUGACUGAAAAAAUAAGAAAAGAAAUUCAAACAACUACUCACAGCCAACGGGCUCUAACACUCAAGGACAAGAACGACACUCCCUAUUUCAACGCGGCCAUUAACGUGAGUAACGAGCAACACAUCUUAGAUCAACAGCAUCAUCAUUCAAGGAAAUACACAGAAGAGAAAACCAAUAUCGGUGACUAUGUCAUUGAGCCAGGAGUUCCAAUAACAGCCGAAUUGUCCUUAAUCAUGUCAAAUGAGAAAGAUUUCAAGAAUAGUGAAAAGUUCUAUCCUGAACGAUUUUUGGAGAAUGAGAAAUUGGAACAGAAUGUGAUUCCUUUCGGUAUUGGGAAAAGGGCGUGUCCUGGAGAAUCUUUGGCAAGAGCGGAAAUCUACUUGUUGUUGGGAAAUCUUAUUUUGAAAUACAAUUUCGAAGCUGUGGAUAAAGUUCCUCCUAUGGUAACCUCAUACAGAAAGGGCUUGUUCAACAUCAAUGAUGACUUCUCCAUCAAGUUCAUUCCUUCAACGACUGGUAGAGAGUGA